AUGGAGCUGCUGUGCUGCGAGGUGGAUCCCAUGAGGAGAGCUCUGCCUGACCCAAACUUGCUCUACGAUGACCGCGUUUUGCACAACUUACUAACCAUAGAGGAGAGGUAUCUGCCCCAAUGCUCCUACUUCAAGUGCGUCCAGAAGGACAUCCAGCCCUUCAUGAGGAGGAUGGUGGCCACUUGGAUGCUGGAGGUCUGUGAAGAGCAGAAGUGCGAAGAAGAAGUUUUCCCUCUGGCCAUGAAUUACUUGGACAGAUUCUUAGCUGUGGUGCCCACCCGAAAGUGCCAUCUGCAACUGCUGGGGGCAGUGUGCAUGUUCCUGGCCUCCAAGCUGAAAGAGACAAUCCCCCUCACAGCCGAGAAGCUGUGCAUAUACACGGACAAUUCCAUCAAACCCCAAGAGCUGCUGGAAUGGGAGCUGGUGGUGCUGGGGAAGUUGAAGUGGAACCUCGCAGCCGUCACCCCGCACGAUUUCAUUGAACACAUCCUAAGGAAGCUGCCUCUACCUAAAGACAAGUUGCUUUUGAUCCGGAAGCAUGCACAAACGUUCAUUGCCCUUUGUGCCACAGAUUUUAACUUUGCCAUGUACCCACCGUCAAUGAUAGCAACUGGAAGUGUGGGAGCAGCCAUCUGUGGCCUUCAGCUUGAUGACGGGGACAGCCUCACGGACCUCCUGGCCAAGAUCACAAACACAGAUGUGGACUGCCUUAAAGCUUGUCAAGAACAGAUCGAGGCGGUGCUAGUAAACAGCCUUAGGCAAGUCCGGCAGCAGCAACAGCAAAGCAAUCCUUCUAAGACGGUGGAUGAACUGGACCAGGCCAGCACUCCCACAGAUGUGAGAGAUAUCAACCUGUGAGGACAUCGGCACAGAAAGUCACGCUUGCUCCCCCAGCCCUUUUAUUUUUGUUAUUAUUUUUAGAGUGAAUUUUUUUUUUUAAUCUGCUCCCACAUAGAACGUAUUUAAAGCUCUUUUAGGUAAAAAAAAAAAAAUACAAAAACUGAAUAAUGAAAAAAAAAAGCAUUUGGUGCCUGUGAUGUUCUACAGAAGGGAAUCCCACAAUAUAUUUGGUAAUUGCUAUUUGAUUAUGUAUCAGUGAUAUUAAAUGCUUAUAAAAGCAUACAAAGUAGCUAGAUAAAUGUAAGCCUGCAUUUGUGGGAACAAAGUAGAGUAUACUUGUCUGUGUAUUAUGACCUAGUGCAUACACCCCUUUUUUAGAUUUAAGAAAGGAACCGUGUGUGCGAUUUUAUGGCUUGACUAGAUUGCAAAGCAAUAGAAUAAGGGGUUUAGGGCAAAGUGGGAAAAGAUCCCUGAAGCAAUUGAACCAUUUUGAAUGCAGAAGAGAUUUGCUGAUCUGUCACCUCUGUUAUUAGUCAGAAGUGUUUGUUGGAUCUCUGUAUGUUAGUUUUGUUUACUCUUGCUGUCUGUGGUAGCUGCUACCUAAGAAAGAAGAUGCUUUAUUUUGCCAGCCAGAAGAGCAGGUGGUUUUUGUUUUUGGUUUUUUGGUUUAUUUUUCUUUUUUUUUUUUUCGAAUUCCCCUCUCCCUUCUUGACUUUUUCUACUUUUCCUUCAGAAAUGGUUCAUUCUAAACACAACAGCAUCUUUGGCAUAAGGGCAAUUCUGUUUACCCAACUGUGGGCCAAGCCAAAGUUAUCAAGUGUUCACGUUAGAUGGGGGAAAUGCACCAAUUAAUUCCGACCAGUCGGCUAAUCAGACCGCCUCCGACCUUUGGAUUGCAAGAUGCGGUGGAUCAUCUGUGAAAAGCAUUAUAUUCCUUUACAGCGCUAAUGCUUCACGUCAAUGUUAACUUUUGGCAGCUCCUUAGCUUGGCUGUAAAGACAUUUAAAUGAUGCUCUGUCCAUCUUCCUUUCCAUCCUUCCUGUCCUCACUGUGUUAAAGAAGAUGAGCUUUGGUUUGAUUCCUCUUCUACCUACCCAUCUUCCCCCACCACCCCCGCACACUUGUUCAGCAUGUCAUUAACUUUCUUGAUCCACAGUGAGCGUUUUUGUAAACCAUUUCAUUCGAAAAGCACUUUGAAAAUUGUUCCUAAGGGAUUAAAUGAGAUGGUUUAUGACGAUUUUGCCAAGCAAA